AUGUCUGGAUAUCUCGGUCAAGGGAGUUCGAGUCGCUACGAUGACGAAGACUUCACGUGCGCGGAACUAAGUAACACUUAUGACGACGACUAUAACCCUUUUCCCCUCAGCUACGGAUCAGGCUCUUUCAGCACCGAAAGUUACAACGAGCGUUCUUAUCUCACCCCGGGGAACAGCUCCAGGCGACAGAGACACUAUGCUACGCCUGUCAGAUCAACACAGCGAGUCCAGCAGAUGUCCCCGCAAAGUUAUGGCACCUCAUUAUCAAAGCCACAGCCGGCCUUGCACGCGCCCGAGAGGAUUGGGGACACCUCAUCAGUACAACCAGUCCAGGAGGCGCCCAAGCAAACCUGGGAGACUUCCACAAUGGGAGCGCCGAUAAUGACAGGAGAAAGAACUGAAUGCCCCGUCCACCCAACUGCGGAACAAUAUGCCACAUAUUACAAAUUCAACACGGCGAAUGACCAAACUUGGGACGUGGACUCUACAGGACAGAGAAUACCGCCAAAGAGGGAACAUAUUGGAUAUAAGAAAGACAAAUAUCGCGCGAACACAACCUCAGAUAUGACCGACUGGGUUCUCCCCUGGCGCACUCUACCGUCGGGAUCGGCAUUGUUACGGACCCCGGUGCCCACUCCUGGAUUACACUACACAACUACACCUGCUGCAUUUCCUAUGGUCAAGGUGCGUAUGAAGCCUGAGCCGGGUAUGAAGCUCAACCCGAGUACGCCCAGGCGGUGUCCAUGA